CGACGAGCUGUUGUGCGAGCGUUUUGUGCUGCUGCGCGAGAAGUUUUCUGAUCCCCCACUCCCCCGUACGAGCUCUAUAUAAACAGGCUUGCCCCUCUGCAGCACACGCGCUUCCUUCCUCUCCGUCUUCCUGCAGAGAGCGCCACAAGUUGCAGGCAAGGGAGAUUGGAAGGGUAAGAGAGCAAGAGCACGAGAUGGCAGGCGGCGAUGGAGCCAAGUCAUCGGCCUCCAUGGAGGAAGAGGCAUGCGUUGAGAAGAAGUACGGAGGAAUUGCACCCAAGAAGCCUUUGAUAUCCAAGGACCACGAGCGCGCCUACUUCGAUUCAGCAGACUGGGUGCUCGGCAAGCAAGCUGCAAAUAGCAGCACAAGGGCUGCUGUUGAGUCUCUGAAGCCCAAGCUGAAGAGAACCCCUCACCACCAGCUGCCCCCUCGCAAGCCGACCUGCGCUUCCACCUGAGACGCUCGGUAAGCAGGCUGUGGCCUCCAAAAACCUGAGCAUAAAGCACAGCAAAGACAUGACCAUCCUUGCGUGUUCGUGCAGUGCAGGCUUCGCAUUGCAGCAGCUGGCGGGACUGCUCGGAGGCACGAAGGGGAGGAUGCUGAGCUCGGAUAAAUGCUUGGCUGGUCCGGAAUCGUAGGGGUGAAUCAGAAACUCGAGGUGCAAUUUGGCUACUUGGCAGUUGCAGCCUCUACUAUGUCUAUCAUCAGAACGGAUUAAUUAUCAGUAUCAUGCUUAAGUUAGAUGGCACUUGGUUGGUGUUUGAGCUAAAA